UGUAGGAGUGCCUGUUGGUCGCCAGUGUGGGGUGAGACAAGUUCGUCCCACAGGGCUGUCUGAGCAGAUAAGAUUAAGGCCUGGGAAAAGCAAAGGCAGGGGUGCUUACAGUCAGCACCAUGCUGGGCCUGCCGUGGAGGGGAGCUCUGCCUUGGGUACUGCUGCUGCUUCUCUUAGGCUUCCAGCUCCUGCUGAUCCAUGCCUGGCAUUUCCACGAGCAAAGGGACUGUGACGAAUACAAUGUCAUGGCUCGUUACCUCCCUGCCACAGUGGAGUUUGCUGUGCACACAUUCAACCAACAGAACAAGGACCAUUAUGCCUACAGACUGGUGCACAUCUUGAAUUCCUGGAAGGAGCAGGUGGAGUCCAAGACCGUACUCUCAAUGGAGCUACUGCUGGGGAGAACCAGGUGUGGGAAGUUUGAAGAUGACAUUGACAACUGCCCUUUUCAAGAGAGCCCAGAGCUGAACGAUACUUUCACCUGCUUCUUCACCAUCAGCACCAGGCCAUGGAGGACAUACUUCAGCCUCCUGAACAAGACCUGCUUGGAGGGAUUCCACUAAGUGAAACCUACUCACAGGCCUGGCCAUGUGCUGUUCCCACAUGCCAUGGACAUCAGCACUUCUCUCCUGACGACUCUUCAGUGGCUGAGCAGCUUUGUACUUGUUUGUUAUCUUAUUUUGCAUGUGUUUGAGAUCUUAGACCAGCGUUUUAGAA